UUUUUGAUAUUUCUUCAAAACAUUUGAAUUUUUUCAGUCUUCUUUGUUAUAUUUUUUCAAGAGAAAUGGGCAAUACAGAAAGCUCCAAAGUCGAUUUCCGCAAACUUGUUGUAGAAGAAACUUCAAAACCUUUAACAAAUGACGAGGAUUUGGAUUGGGAUAAACUUCUUCCAUUUAAUACUAUUAAUGAUUCAUUUAAUUUUUUGUCUGCUGCUGAUGUCAGAGGAUUGAGGGAUAUGCAUCCAAACAUAAUUAAUUGUAUUCGUUUACUUAUACGUGUUAUCCCAUUCCUUUUUGAAGAGAGCGAAUGGCGAGCUUAUUUUUGGGCCCAAAUGCCCGAGAAAGAAGGAAAUACAGAAAAUCGGCCUCCUCUUGGAAGUUUGCUUUUAAAUGCACUUUCUCAUUUUUUAUUUUGCCCGAAUUUUACUGUUGGACUUAAUAUCAAAAGCCUUUCAAAAAUAGAUAGUUGUGAAUAUAUUUGGCAAUCUGGAGUUGGUUUUGCAGGGAAACCACCAUCUAGCGCUGUUUAUGAUGCAAAUAGAACUGAAAUAUUGAAACUUUUAUUAGUGUGUUUUUCUGAAAUCAUCUACAAUCGGGAAACAGAAAUUUCAAAAAUUCGUUGGAUAACUUGUUUUACUUCCGCAGAGAAUCGUAACGUUCUCCCAAUUUUUACUUCUCUUUUAAAUAUAAUAUGUUCUUAUGAUCCUGUUGGGCUUGGAGUGCCAUUCAAUUAUCUUUUAAUGACCGACUUUCGAGAACCUUUAGUAAAAGUUUCUUUACAAUUUUUAAUUGUAUGUCUUGAUAAAGAUUCUCAUUCAAAAAAUGAAGAGGAUGGUUAUGCUGAAAAUUAUUUUAUAAAUUAUCUUUCAAGAAUUCAUAGAGAAGAAGAUUUUGAUUUUAUUUUGAAGGGUUUUACUCGUCUUUUAAACAAUCAAUUACAAGCUACUUAUUUCCCUAAAUCUUUAAAGAAAAUUGAAUUCCAUCAGGAACUUCUUGUUCUCCUUUGGAAAUGUUGUGAAUUUAAUCAGAAAUUUCUCUAUUUUAUUCUCAAAACUAGUGAUAUGCUUGACAUCCUAGUUCCUAUACUUUAUCAUUUAAACGACUCUCGUACAGACCCUUCACGUAUUGGACUUGUGCAUAUGAGUGUAUUUUUAAUUUUAUUGUUGAGUGGAGAAAGGAACUUUGGUGUUCGUUUAAAUAAACCUUUCACUUCUCGUGGAAUUAUUGAUGUUCCUAUAUUUACUGGGACACAUGCUGAUCUUUUAAUUAUUGUUUUUCAUAAAUUAAUAACUAGUGGAAAUCAUAAAUUGCAAUCUCUAUUUGAUUGUUUGUUGACAAUUAUUGUUAAUGUUUCGCCAUAUCUCAAAUCUUUGUCUAUGGUCACUGCUAAUAAAUUGGUUCAUUUGGUUGAAGCAUUUAGCACUCCAUGGUUUAUGUUUUCCUCUCCAACAAAUCACCAUUUAAUUUUCUUUAUUCUGGAAAUGUUUAAUAAUAUUAUUCAAUAUCAAUUUGAUGCACAAGGAUUAAGAAAAGGUAAAAAACCAGUUCCAAAGGAUUCAGAGGAAGAAUCUGCUGGGGAAAUUACACAGAUUGGUGAAAAGAAUGAAAUACGAGCCCCAAUUGGUCCAACUUCAACACUCGCCCAGACUCCAGCAAUUGAUGUAAUGACAACAAAUUAUGAGGCUAAGGAAGGCAAAAAUGAGCAGAAACAAAUGCCUAAAGAAAAGAAAGGAGAAAAUUCUAAAGAAAAAUUAGAAAAUGAAAAAAAGAAAGAUGAAGAAGAAGAGGAAUGGAUAGCAACCCCAGAAUGGGUAGAAUCUUGGAAAAGUAAAUUACCUUUGCAAACAAUAAUGCGUGUGUUACAAAUUUUGGUUCCUCAAGUUGAGAAGAUUUGUAUUGACAAAGGGUUAACCGACGAAAGCGAAAUUUUAAAAUUUCUACAACAUGGAACGCUUGUUGGGCUUUUACCUGUACCUCAUCCAAUACUUAUUCGCAGAUACAUUGCUAAUGAAGGGACAAACAAUUGGUUUAGAACAUACACUUGGGGUGUUAUUUACUUGAGAAAUGUUGAUCCAGCUAUUUGGUAUGACACAGAAGUAAAUCUUUUUGAAAUUCAAAAUGCUUAG